AUGGGAAAAAUUAUGCACAAGUUAAUUUCACCUCAGCAAGUGGAUUAUGUCAAAGGUAGAUGCAUUCAAGAUCGGAUCCUACUAGCUUCUGAAAUGAUCAAUGAAAUGAAAAAGAAGAGAAGAUGUGGAAAUUCAGCAAAAACUUCUGUUAUGGUGAAUGGUGGUCCUUGUGGAUUCUUCUCAGUUGGAAGGGGUUUGGGACAGGGAGAUCCUAUAUCUCCUAUUCUCUUUGUUUUAAUGAAAGAGGCAUUGAGCAGAAGAUUAACUCAAUUGGUGAAUGAGGGUUUAAUCUCUCCACUGGUUGAAAGGAAAGGUAUACAUCCAACUCACUUAUUCUUUGCAGAUGAUGUUUUCAUUUUCUGUAAAGGUGCUAAGAAAAGCAUUUUAAAUCUCAUGAAGCUGCUAGAUGAAUACCAAAUAUGUUCUGGUCAAAUUAUAAAUAAAAACAAGAGAAAAAUGUUCAUAGAUGGUACUUCUGAAUUGAGGAAAGAUCAGAUUAAAGACAUGAUUCAAAUGGAAAGAAGUGAAUUACCUGAAAAAUAUCUUGGAGUUAUUCUUAUUGCUGGAAGAGUGAAGGUCUCAACAGUAUGGCCAAUGGUAGAGUUGAUUAUACCAGUAUAUAAUAUGGAUGUUUACAAAUGGCCAACAUCUGUAAUAAAUAUUUGUGAAAGGAUCAUAAGAAACUUCCUCUGGUCAAGUGAUUGGGAUACAAGAAAGUACCUUAAAUUUUCUUGGAAAAAAAUGUGCACUCCAUUUAGUGAAGGUGACUUAGGCAUUCCAAAGCUUGAAGUUGUGAAUAUGGCUUUUCUUAUGAAGAUGAUGUGGAAGAUUGAUAAUUCAAAAGAAGACUGGGCACUGUUUUUUCAAGCUAAAUACAAGGAUAAAAAUGGUCAGUGGAGUACAAGGGGGCAACUGUCUUCAGUGUGGCCUGCUGACAAUAUUCACUUAAAAGUUUCAGAUAUGCUAUUAGAUGGAGUGUGGUCUCGUACUACUGAUCUUCAACAGAUUAUUCAACCUCUUAGGUUGACAGGAAUUCUUGGAAGUGAAGAUGUACUAAUAUGGACAGGCAACUUAAAAGGAGAAUUUUCAAUUCCAGAGGCAGUAAACAAACUAAGGCACAAAGAACAAUAUGUGAAUUGGUCCAUGUACACAUGGAAACCUUUCCUUCAUCCUCCUAUUGCUAGUAAUGUGUGGAAGCUCAUUUAG